AUGUUUCUCAUGUGUCACAUGCACAAGAGCCAUAUUUGGUCCAUGUCACCCUUUUUAAUAUUAUCAAAAGACAUUCGAUUUUUUAAUCCAAAACGUAUUGUCUUAUAUAUAUUAAAACAUGUGAAGCAUCACACCAUGACACCCACACCCAGGGGGCGCAACCGAAAAUGAAAAAAAGACAUAAAAAAAUUAAAGAAGUUCCCCCUAGUGGAAAGCAGAGCUGCUUAUGCGAAGUGUCAGUCAGUCAGCGGUUGCACAGUGAAGUUGGACCUCAGUGUGUCCGUGCGCGAUCGUGGGAGACUCGCAUCAGCUCACUGCCCACUCCACGCCCCCGCAGAGUCUCCCAAACUCUCGGUCGCAGGAGGAGAGAUGAUGUGGGGGAUGUAAGACACGGGGAUCAGCAGACAGCAGCUGGAUUCUCGGGCUAAAACCAGCCGCUCGGAUGGAGUGAAGACAACACCUCUACGAAACUUACAUUUUACGCCUGUAUGGUGCAGGUCUGGCGUUUGGAAGUUCAUUUGUGGACACAGGAGCUUUGCGUCAGUCAGAGAGCUGACACUAAAUGUAGGAGCAAAACAACCUGUGGUCCACCAUGACGACAGCACAACCUGCAAGCGGAUGAAAAUAUCAGCCAAGCAUAAACAUGCCACGUGCGAUUCUCUUUAAAGCUGCCAAUAUGAGUGAUGAAGAGCCUCAGCGGUUCUGAUGUGACUGGGUCACAGGGUCAUCGGCAUGCCGCUGAUGGAUGCUGCGCUCUCUCAGACGCCGUAAAAGUGAUUGCACCUGCCCGGAACUGUGUGAUCUAACGAGGCAAACAGCACCGCAGAGCUAUCGGUUGACCGGGAUCUAAGCUGCGAUGUGUCGACAGUGCUGAGGCUGGAGGAGGAGAGGGCCAGAAUUUCUGGGAUUCUAGUGGCGGAGAGUGAGACAUCAUGGGUGAUGGAGGGGCCUUGCACACAGAGGGCAAUGCCCUUCUGAAAGCUGUUUUCCAGGGCAAACUCCGUCUCGCACGCCUCCUUCUGGAGGGCGGAGCCUACAUCAAUGAAGGGAACGAGCGAGGGGAGACGCCUGUAAUAGCAGCCUGUCUGGCGGGAUAUGAUGAUCCGCAAACCCGGCAGCGAAUGGUGCGGUACCUCCUGGAGAAGGGAGCUGACCCAAAUAUAGCCGAUAAAUCAGGUCGGACUGCCUUGAUGCAUGCGUGUGCAGAACAGGCAGGUAAAGAAGUGGUGUCCCUGCUGCUGGAAAAUGGAGCCGAUCCCAGUUUAAAAGACUACGCUGGGGCCUCUGCGCUCGUACACGCCAUCAAUAAGGGCAAUAGAGAAACUCUCCAGGUCUUGCUAGAUGCUUGCAAAGCCAAGGGAAAAGAGGUGAUCAUUAUUACCACAGAUACAUCACCCUCUGGCACUAAAAAGACCAAACAAUACCUGAACUCUCCACCAUCUCCAGGUGUGGUGGACAAAAUCACACCUGCCUGCAUGUCUCCAUCCGAGGUGGAGAUCCAUACAUCUGGCUCUGCUCCUGGUGAAGAGGGUAUCUUCAACUUUGCUGUGAGUUCGGCGCUCCCGCUACCCUCCAGCAGACCGCAGAAUGAGAGGAGACCACCACCCCGCAAACUUCUGAAAAGACUGAACUCUGAGCCCUGGGGCCUGGUGGCUCCGUCUGUACUAGCCGAGAGAGUCGAGCGGAUGGAAGGGGAUUUAGCAGAAGAGGAUAAAUUGGUCUCGGAGAUGAACGGGCUGUCAGUUUCAGGUCCAGGCAGACCUCUUCUGUCAAGGAGACACAGCAUAGAAACCCAUGAUCCAUCCUCUCCGAAGCUGAUGGAUCGGUCCUGUUCUGAGGACUGUGCAGCGCUGUGUGGUUCAUCCUGGGCUGAUAAAGUCCACCAACACCAGUCGCUGUAUCGCAGAAACACGGCCCCCGAAACCCAGGACAAUGCGGCACAGGCAACGGCACAGGCCAUACGUGGUCUACAACACCCCAAACUCACUCGCAUGGAACACUACGAGUCAGACACCCAUCUGUGUCCCACCUCCAUCCCCGGAUCUCCUGAUUCCGGACGCGUCUCCGUGGAGCGUCGCAAGUACAACGCCUCACCCCUGUCCCUCCUCACCAGCUCCUCCCGAGAAUCUCUGGAGAGCAUUCCCAACUCGGUGUCUCCCAUCACAAUGCGGAGACGUCCACCAGGACUGUUGGAACGGCGGGGAUCCGGCACCCUCCUCUUGGAUCACAUCUCCCAGACGCGGCCCGGGUUCCUCCCUCCUCUCAACGUCAACCCCCAGCGACCUAUUCCUGAUAUCCGGGCUAAUGGAAAACCCACCUCUCCGGUUCACUCCGGAAGCAAGAUCCUGCUGCCGGUCGCCCCUUCAUCUCCAAAACGGCCAGACUUUAAGAUGAAGAAGAAACUGAUAAGGAGACACUCGAUGCAGACGGAGCAGAUGAAGCAGCUUUCGACUUUCCGGGAAAUCCUCACGGAAAAGAGUGACAUGAAUGGGACUGAGCACGUGGAGCUCAUCGACAACAGCAAUCUUUCUGAAACGAUUGUGAUAUGAACCAACAAUCUCAGUGCUUUCUUUGACUCACUGACUGACUGAAAUCAAGCUCUUUGAAAUGAAGAUGUUAUCUCAAAUUGUCCCGGAUGUUUUCUGUUGUUCUUACGGGAAUCUUGGCAUCUUUUAUUGGAUUCAUUGAUUUUAGCGAUUGUCCUUCAGUGAACAUACAGAAAACUGUUUGAUUUGUUUCUAGAUAUCUUUGUAUCUACAUAUCUAAAGUAUUUCUAGCUAAAUAUCUAAAGACCCGCUGUACAAAAUAUCUAUUUAAAUCAGUUUGAAUUGUGUUCAGGUGUACCUGAGAUGAUGUUAUUAGUGUAAAAGGUGUUUUAGGUGCUGUACACAAUAGACCUCUAUCACGUGCAACGUUCUGCUCUCCGUUCACUCAGAAGGGUCACAUUUACAUCAACGCAUCAUUUAAUAGAUCAUGGAUUAACUAUUUCUCGUUAUUUUGUAUGUUCAAUGUGAUACACAGGUCAAAUGUAGUAAGCCAAAUAAUUUUAAAAGCUAUUAAAUAUUUAAA